CUGAGAGACACCGGCCAAAGGGGAAGAGAGAGCAAGAGAGGCGCGAUAUGUUCACACGCGCACACCGUAACGUUCCACUCUCGCAAGCGUGCGGAGCGAAAGGACAGACCCUGCUCCCCACAGAAAACAGAAAAAGCGCCGUUUCUUAGUUCCGACCCGCACUGGAGGCGAAAGAAGUGUGGCCGCGGUGGCUGCCAAGAUGCCCGUUGCUUCCUGGUUGAAAGUGUGCCAUCUCCUGGUGCUCUGCGUCACACCGGCGUUCCGAUGCAGCCUUGCUGCAGUCUCCGACAGUACCAAAUCAGGAUUCGACGACCAAAAUACGUGCACGUACACAGUUGUUGAAACGAUACCGGAAGGGCUGAACUUCUCUUCUGAAUGUCGGGAGCACCUUUCAACUUUCGACGCUUGGAGAACGCUGAUAAAUAUGUCGACAUCCGAGAUAAAGAUUGCGUCAUUUUACUGGACCUUAUUGGAUAGUCUCACUGCUUAUCCAUCCUCAAGUCUGGGUGCUCAGAUUUACCGUGAUCUCCUGCACGCCGGAGUAAACAGGUCAAUUGACAUAAAAAUUACCCAGAACGCACCAAGCAGAAAAUUUCCAAACUUUGACUCCCAGCUAUUGAAAGGAAAAGGUGCGGCCAAGGUGCGCAACCUCAAUCUGACGCGACUUGGUCACAACGGAGUCCUGCACUCCAAGUUCUGGACCGUGGAUGGCAGGCACGCCUAUAUCGGAAGCGCCAACAUGGACUGGAGGUCCCUCGCGCAGGUGAAGGAGGUUGGUGUCCUUAUGAAGAACUGCAGGCGUAUCGUCAACGAUCUCGAGAAAAUUUUCGAGGUCUAUUGGGAAAUGUCAGAUGAGAAUGCCAAGCUUCCUAUUAAGUGGACCGCCAAUCUCAGCACAUCUGUCAACAGCUCAAGCCCUGCACGUUUGGACGUCAAUGGCAGCAGCACACUCACAUACAUAUCGAGUGCUCCUCCAUACUUCACGGCUCCCGGUAGGACAGAGGACAUUGACGCCAUCGUUGACAUCAUCAGCAAAGCAAAGCAAUUUGUCUACGUUGCGGUUAUGAACUACCUACCCAUAGAUUAUUACUCUAAGCCUAAAAGGUACUGGUCAGUGAUCGACGAUGCCCUGAGACGCGCCGCGAUCGAAAAUGGAGUACGCGUCCGUCUCCUUGUGUCGAAAUGGAAUAAGACAAAGCCACUGACCUGGAACUUCGUGGAGUCGCUUGCGUCGCUGAAUUCCAGUGGUAUCUCCAUCGAAGUCAAAGCUAUCGUGAUUCCAGCCUUUACUGAAGAACAACGCAAAACUCCUUACGCCCGAGUGAAUCACCAAAAGAUGAUGGUUACGGACACAACAGCUUAUAUCGGUGCCGCCUGGAUCUUCGCGCCGAGCAGGCCGCUGAUGAAGAAACAGCCGCACAGGCGACACAGACGCCCGUGGAACCGAAAGCUUCGGGCAAUCAGUGACGGCACGCUCUGGUCGCCGUGUCCCCGGUACACCUGGAUGUCGUUGCGGGCUACCACUCCCUUCUUCCCUCUUAGGGACAUCUUCAAUGUGCCGACCUGUAUUGGGAAGAACUGAAAGCGAAGCUGUUUAUGCGGACCCUGUGCCGUCAUUGUCGAACUUCGCUAAAGAGGGGUCACGUGGCCUAGCGGGAGAGGAAAAGAAGACAUCAACAGAGCGAAAGGGGUUAGAGUAACCCUUUCCCGCCUGGGAGAAUGCGUAUGAAUCUCAUGCGCGAAUUUUAUGUGGUUAUCGCACGGUGCAUUUUCGGCGAUCGAGCCAGAUCGGCAUCGACUUUAGCGACGAUCGAUUCCACCAUGCCGCGAAAGAAACAAAUGUUAUGCUGCUGGUUUGCGGCCAACGAACAGUGCCCAGCGAUUGAAACGCCAUACUAGGAGCGCCUGGCUGCCGGCACUUCUUGCGCCGGCAAGAAUUGCUGGCAGCCACGUCAAUCCUAAAACCAAUCCAUCCAAUCGCCGAAACUAUUGCAGCACCCGCAUCUCCACUGGUGAGCGUCUCACCUAAUAUACAGAGCUUCGGAUUAGUGCUUCUGCACAUUGCAUCCCAGAUACAACUAUGGAAAGAUCACAAGUAUCGCGUACUCCUGAGGAAGAAGCUGCUUGUCGCGAGCGGCUGCAGAAGAUAACUCGUGAACGGGCUCGUCGUCGUAGUGCCAAUCUCAAUCUGCGCACCAUAGAUGCCUAAUGCCAAAUGCCAGAGAUUCCGUAAAAAAAGCACUCCUAAAGCGUGCUCAGCACGCGAAGCACGCAAAAGUUAAAAUGAGGUCAAAUAAUGGUAAAACAAAAGAUAUGUAUACAAUAUUGGCUGCUUGCGAAGCUUGACUUGCAUGGUGCAACGCUCGGGGUAACAAACACAGCUUCGCUGUUCGGCCAACUUCCCGGACUGGAAGGGGAGGUCAAUUUUUUUUUGGUCAAGUGUAGUUUAUGAUGUCCUAUUUCCGCCAACUGGUGGUUGCCCUUCUUUUCUACAAAGAUGUAAUGUCUUGAAGGUACAAUGAAGAAAUAUUAAAAUUAUGUGGCUUACGCGAAACACAGGGAUUCAUUCUUUAGGUUACGCGAAAGUUGCAUCCAUGCAGGAAGGCUGUAGCUCCAUCGUUGCUGGAAUGUCACGAGGCAUUUCCUGUGGUUGCCCUUAAAAGAUACAUUUGGCUUUCGCGAUUGCUAAAGUAUAAGCGCCCUUAGAAUUCCCUUUAUAUUUUUGUUGUUUUCUUUUUCUUUUUCUUUUUCUACAACAGAGGACGUGCGCAACGUAUUGCAACUUCUUAUGGCGUUGGUACUUUUACGUUUUAGUUGCGGAAGAAGCUUGCGUCUGUACGAAAAUAAACGUCCUGUCCAAAAGUUGAUGCACAGCUAGCUUCCCGAAUGGGUGAGGUCAUGGCACUUUGUGCUCAUGCUCAAUCUAACAUGCUACUGCAGUUAGCAAUGGUCAUUACACAUAUAUUAGGAGACUAACAGUUACUUCUGAACUCCUUGUUCAUGUGCAUUGCGUCGUUUUGAGGCGAGAAGAACAAGGUAAACCACGAAGGGAUUCAUUUUGUUGUUACAACCCCGUGAAGUCUACACACAUCGAAGUUUGCUAGACCACAUGGGUAAUGAUGUGGUUUGAAUUGCCAUGUAAAUAUAACAAGAGAAUGAAAGUGGGCUAAAACAAAACUUGCCGCAAGUUGGAGCCUCACUCAUCUUCUGCAUGAAGCGAGCGUGUAUCUACCACCAAACUAUACCGGCGACCACCCAAUCAACCGCUGUAUUUUGGUCCUCCUAUGAUUUGCAUAUCUCAAUUAAAACGAAGAUUUUACUGCUUGCAAGCAUUCCUUGA